CGUGGAAAAAGAAAGCAAAUGCACUCAGUGACCCUCUUUAUAAAUACUCACAUUGCAAAGUUACCUUCUCUCAAGCUAAAAAAUAACACAAGAACAAGGAGAAAAAAACAGACUCACACACUCUUCUCUCUGUUUUUUUGUGCUCCACAAACUGAAAAUCAAUUUUUCUUGACGACAAAUUUGUUUGAUCUUCAAAGACGUUUAAAACCAAGUUACAAAGCUUUCUCCUUCUGAUUCUACUGUUUUAAACGCCAAUGGAUUCGCUUAGUACUCAGAAGGCUAAACCAAGAAAGAUGAAGGUUGUUGUGAAGAAGUCUCGGGCUCAAAUACUCUUAGAUUUGUUUUACCGGGUGAUCGAGAUAACCCUAGUUAUGGUUACAGUAGCCAAGCUCUGUUACCAACUAGUUAUCACGUUCGAGAGCUCUGGUCUCGCGGGUCUUCUCAUCAACCGUCACCUUGCUUUCGUCUUGGGGAAUGCGAUAGUCAUCGCUAUAGUCUUCAAGUGCGGGUUCUUUGCGAAUCAAGAAACUGAUGCACGGAGAAAUAGCAAUGAUUUUUACGACGAGUUUGUUCGGGAGAACUCAAGAGGAGAACGGAGUUCACACACCGAUGUGAUAUGCAGAGAAAAACCGAGUGAAGUAGAGAGUGUGGCAAAACAGAGCAUUGAAGAAAACAGAGCAAAACAGAGCAUCGAAGAUAAGAGACAAAGCAGAGCAAAACAGAGCAUGUCCGAGAACAGGGCAAAACAGAGCACUGAAGAAAAGAGAGAGAAACAAAAGAAGACUGAGAACAGUGGUGAAGAGAGAGAGAAGGAGGACAUAACUGUGAAGAGACACAGACAAAUCAUUGCUCAAAAGCAGGAAAGCCCAAUGAAGAGUUACGAAAGGAGUCGGUCGGAGAAUCAGGAGGGCUCGAAGAAGAGUACUUGUGGAAAACUGAAGAGAUCGAAGACAGAGAGACCUGCUGAUGAAUUUGUUUCGGAUGAGGAACUACGAUACAAGAUCGAGUCUUUCAUUGCGAGACAGAGGAGGAACCAAAAGGAUGAAGAGUAAUUUUGUAUCAUCUACAAUGUAAAAUACUAAAAAAAAGCAAAGAAAAAAAAAAGAAAGAAAAACUUUGGUUUAUGCAAAAUAGCAUUCACAUAUAUAUAUUUGUGAGUGUUUGUAUAUAUACGGGUAAAAAUAUUUCAAUGCCCGAGCAUAAAAUCUUGUUUUAGCUUUUCUUUUUUUUUUUGUUUCUUUGUAUAAUUUUGUUCAUCUUAUAUAUAUUAUGAAGUAUAAGUUUUCUGUAACUUUGUUCA